CGAUAGGGGUCGUAUGUUUAUAAUUUUAUCUAUAAAUUUGACUAUAACAUUUCAGCCGAGUUCAACGAUGAACAAAACGUUUGUGUUGAUAUAGCAAGUGCUUAUACAGAUACAGAACCCCAACCCCCCGCCUCCAAUCCCGUACCACCGCUUGCAGCAUUGUGGCAUGUGGACAUGAUUGACAAGCACGUAGGUGACGCCCCCUCUUUGCAUCAGCUUUCCUAUUGGCUCUGAAAGUGGAAGUCACAUUUGGGGCUCUCCUCGUGAUUGGAACUUGCAUUUUAUCUAUACGGUAAAUUGUGGAAAAAUAUCUAAAUCAACAUAAGAAUGCUAAAAUGCUAACAGCUAAAAUAAAGGGGCCCAUCCCCACUUUCAGUUACAUCCGUACAAACAAUCAAUAAUUCGGAAUUUAAUGUUUUUUGUUUUUUUUUUAAUAAUUAGUUGCCUCCCCCGAGUUUCCACCCCAAUUUGUGUGGUCCAUUGAAAGGAAUCCGAGGGGCCAUCCUCCCACGUCGCGCCUGUGCUGUGGAGCUCCCCCUUGCUGCGUGCAUCGUGAUCAGGCUGCAGAGUCUUGUGGAGGACGCAGGGUCACCUUCUGUCACCGCAAGGGGAAAAAACUGAAUCAUUUGCAGCCAAGGCUAGGCUUGGACGCUGGUGCACCUCGGCUGCAAGGUGUAUCUGUGUACGAGGAACCAAGCAUUACUGACGAGGACAGGUUUGGUCGAGAGAGGGCUUUGUAACAUCCAGGAAAAUGUCGGGCUCGUACGAUGAAUGUGCAGGUGCUGACGACACCAUGGACAGCUUCUGGGAGGUGGGCAACUACAAACGUGCAGUCAAGAGAUUUGAUGAUGGCCAUCGACUCUGCAAUGACCUCAUGGGCUGCCUUCAGGAACGGGCCAAGAUAGAAAAAGCUUAUGGUGAUCAGCUAACCGCCUGGUCAAAGAGAUGGAGACAACUCAUUGAGAAAGGCCCCCAGUACGGCUCUGUGGAGAGAGCCUGGCUGGCUGUCAUGACCGAGGCAGAAAAAGUGAGCGAGCUGCAUCAAGAUGUCAAGAACAACCUGCUGAAUGAAGAUGUGGAGAAAGUGAAGAACUGGCAGAAGGAGGCCUAUCACAAACAAAUGAUUGGAGGCUUCAAGGAGGCAAAGGAGGCAGAAGAAGGAUUUAAGAAGGCUCAGAAACCCUGGGCGAAAAAGCUCAAGGAGAUGGAGACGGCUAAGAAAGCAUACCACAUGGCGUGCAAGGAGGAAAAACUGGCUGCUGCUCGAGAGGCCAAUGGCAAGACUGAAGCUUCUGUGACGCCAGACCAGCAGAAGAAACUCCAUGAGAAAGUGGACAAAUGCAAACAGGAUGCACAGAAGGCUAAAGAAAAGUAUGAGAAGUCUCUGGAGGAGCUCAACAAAUGUGCGGCCCCCUACAUGGAGAGCAUGGAGCAGGUGUUUGACCAGUGCCAGCAGCAUGAGGUCAAGAGGCUGACCUUCUUGAAGGAGGCCUUGCUGGACAUCAAACGCCACCUCAACCUCACUGAGAACCAAAGCUAUGCCACAAUAUACAGAGAACUGGAGCGCACCAUCCUGGCAGCGAACACACAAGAGGAUCUGAAGUGGUUCAGCAACAACCACGGGCCUGGAAUGCACAUGAACUGGCCCGCAUUUGAGGAAUACAACCCAGACCAGGCAAGUGCUCCCCCAAAAAAGAAGAAACCAGAUGGAGCCCCACCCACUCCAAGCACUGACCAUGUAGCUCCCCCUGGUGACCGGAGCAGCGUGAGCAGCUAUGAGAAGAACCAAGCGUACUCCACCGAGUGGUCCGAUGAUGAGCAACCUGCUGCUUACUCUGGAAACGAAAAUGGCGGUAACGGGAACUCUUUCGAAGAUGAUUCCAGCACCGGGAAAGGCGUCCGUGUGCGAGCUCUCUAUGACUACGAUGGCCAAGAGCAGGAUGAACUCUCCUUCAAAGCAGGCGAUGAGCUGACCAAGACGGAGGAUGAAGAUGAGCAAGGCUGGUGUCGAGGUCGUUUGGACAACGGCCGAGAGGGACUGUACCCGGCCAAUUACGUUGAGCCAAUCUAGGCCAGUGGCUGGACAUGGACAUGGACAUGGACAUGCUCCUGGAGGCAGCUUGAACAGUCUUGUCCAAUUGCACCACACAUAGCCAGAGACUUAAGAGCAACACAUCCUUUGUCCAACAGAUGCGCCAAGCAGUCAUCAAAACUUAGUAACCUAAAAGACAAUAUACAUCGCUAUAGUAUAUUUUAUCCCGCUCCCCCCCGGGGUGUGGGUGGACAUCUCCAAACAAGAGCGGCAGUUAUCCCAGUAUAUACACAGUCAACUAUAACACAGUACAGCGCAGGCACAUACGGCUUUCUCUGUGUAGCUGUACUUAACCUACGAUACAGCUUAUUUACCGCAGUCGGUUGUGCAAAUGGGAAGCAAAUAUAAUCAGUUAUACCCAUUCGAGAAAGACCAGCUUCUCUAACCCUGCAUUGUGUAUAUACAGUAUAAUGCCAUUUUUGCGUAGCUUUUUUUAACGCUGUGCGUGGUCAGUCAUCCUUCAUACAUCGGGAAUGCUGUGUAGUGUUAAAAGUACCACAAACAAUAUCAUUUUUUUUUGUUUGUUUUUUUGUUUUGUUUUUUUAGUUGAGUGCUCUGGUCCAACCUUUAAUUCUGUGUGUGUGCAGUGUUAUGUGUUUUAACUGUUUCUGAGCGUGCAUAGCAGCAUGUGCUAUGCAACUAUCAUUCCCUAUGUUGGGGGGCCACAACUUGAUGCAACGCUACAACUACAAAAUGCAGAAGUCACUUUUAAAGCAUCGCAUGCUUCUGUUCUCAUAAGAGGAAGCUUGAUGACAAGCUUGAUUUUACGUUUGAUUUCUUAUCAUGCAAUUCAUCAACUUCAUUCUUAUCCACAUCUACUAACAUGAAUGACAAGCAAAGUUGCAAGUGGAGGGUUUGGAACAAUGCCUAUGCCAGCAUUUUCUUUCAGAGAGGGCCAAUGGAGGCAUGUUGAUGAGCUCCACAUCUCUGAAGAACAAAGGCCUCGUGAACAGGACAUGAAUGUACUAGCGUUCAGGUGAGAAGAGGCAAUGUUGUUCGGAAAAAAAAAUGCCGUCCUUGAAGAAAAGCACUAGUAGCCCGUAUCUAUGCUGAGCCAAAGAAUGAUCUAAGUACCAUCAACUGCAUUGUCCCUCCAUGCAAUAACCUCAUAUGACUCCAGGUCCUCACAACCACUGGAAACGACACAGGGACUAUAUUUACAGUCACUUAUAAUGCACUGCAUGUUAGAUGUUUGCAGUGUAUUAAUCCGCCCGAGUUCACCUUGCUUUUUAGAAGUGAAAAUCAUUGAUUUGUGUGUUAUCAUGCAAUGGGUUGCUUCUAAAUUUUGUUACAAUGAUGAACAGAUGGCGAUGAUGCCUUUUCGAAGCGCUGGAGUCGAGGACUAAUAAUCACUUGUGUCUGGAUUCGACGGGUUUAGGUGUCCGUGUGAGGAAAACACAUCACCAGCUCACAAGUUGUGUCUUAAGAGUACAGUUGUCCAGCAAAGCAAAAAGGACUUGUAUCAAUCCAAAUACCCCACACAACAGUCAAAAGACACACAUGACCUGGUUACAUUGUCAUUUUAGUGGGGAGGGGGCGCAUCAUCAUCAUUAUCAGUGUGUAUGCAUUGUAUAAAUGUUACAGUAAAAAACACAAAUGAUUGACUACUAAGAUAAAAUGUAGUGUUAUAUAUGUAAAUGUAUGUCAUUCAAAUAACAGCAAUUGAAAACAUGAAUAGACAUCAUAUUGUACGAAUUCCAUGGCGAUGGUCAGUGUAUCAUAAAAGCGUUAAUACACGCGGUCAGAUUUGUAUAUGAAGAUGUAAUUUAAAGAUUAUAUUAUUCUGUUGUAACUGUACAACUGUGUUGAGUUGAAAACCAGACCUAACCACGUUGAGGCAGUAAAGGGGUGUACAUGUAAAUGCUUUUUUUUUUAAAUGUUGAUGAUCUCUUCCUUAUGCACACACACGGGGACUACAGCUGAUGUUGUGGAAACCCUAUAUUAGUGGUCGAUGAUGUAUGUUCAUAGUUAGUGAUGUACUUUUAUCUCCUAACUGGUGUAGUGCCUGUUCAUCUUGAUGUAACAAGACGUUCAUUUAAAUAUGCAUAAAGAUGAUUAUGAUCACAGAUGAAAAUGAUGAUAGUGAUGACCAACCCAAAUCAGAUUUGUUGUGAUGGUGUCAGCAAUGCAAAACUGGUUUGAAAGGAAAAACAAGUGUUUGAAAAA